UUGUUUCAAUGAAAGGAAUCAAUAUGACUGGCAAACGACGGCGCAUGUUAUGUUGGGGCGGUGGGGUCACUUUCGGCGUUUUUCACUUGAGAAGUUAUAUGUGGGAGGUGGCACAUCGUGGCAGAGCCUACUACGGCGUCGUUCCGUGCUGUACCCUCCGGUGAAAGAGAAACCCUAUCUUCCAGCCAAUUACUCGGAAUAAGGAACGGCGAUGGAAGCCCCUUGUAAUGACGAAGCCACCCACACUGCCUCCUCCACCGCCACCCAAUCCAUGUCUAAAAACGCCCAGAAGCGGUUGCUCAAGCAACAGCGGUUCGAGGCGAAAAAGGCGGAGAAAAAGGCUCAGAUGAAGGAGCACAAGAAGAGGGAGGCGGAGCGGAAGCGUAAGGAGUGGGAGGCGAGACUGGCGAGCGUUGGGGAGGAGGAGAGGGAGAAGCUGAUUGAGGAGAGGAGAGUGCUGAAAAAAGAGCGCGUGGAGAAGCAGACGGAGGCGAAAGGGAAGAAGCUGGAGAGGCUGCAGGCUGCGAGGACCAAUGGCCAGAACCUCGUUAUUGAUCUCGAAUUCGCCCAUCUCAUGAGCCCCAGUGAACUGCAUAGCCUCGUUCAGCAGAUUAUGUACUGCUAUGCGGUAAAUGGAAGAUGUGCUGUGCCAGCCCACAUUUGGCUGACAGGUUGCCAGGGAGAGAUGCAAAAUCAGCUUCUACGGAUCCCUGGAUAUGGUAAGUGGUUAAUCGAAAAGGAGGAACAAUCCUAUGUGGAGGCUUUCAAAGAUCAGAAGGAAAACUUGGUGUAUCUAACAGCCGAUGCCGAAAAUGUCCUUGAUGAGCUUGAUCCAAAAGCGAUAUACAUUAUCGGUGGGUUGGUGGAUAGGAAUCGUUGGAAAGGCAUUACCAUGAAGAAAGCAAUAGAACAAGGGAUAAGAACUGCCAAACUGCCUAUUGGAGCUUAUCUAAAGAUGUCAAGUUCUCAGGUCCUUACAGUGAAUCAAGUUGUGGAGAUACUGCUUAAGUUCUUGGAAACAAGAGAUUGGAAGGACUCGUUUUUUCAGGUUAUUCCUCUGAGGAAAAGAUGUGAAGGUGGGCUCGCAUGCGAUGACGAGUUGGAAAGCAGAGGUACUGAUAAAGAGGACGCCGCAUUCCAAAUACAAGAAGCUGAAGCAGAUGUCAAAAGUGAUGGUCAAGAGGUAUCAAGACUGGACAAUGGAAACAGUUUAGGGAUAGAGGAUCAGAAGGUGAAAAGGCAGUGCAUUGAAACAUAGAUUUGAAAUUUCUUUUCUUACUUUCAAAUUUUUGUAGACAAAAUAUAUUCAAAUAAAAGACUCAAGAACGUUCAAAUAAAAGGCAGUGCAUUGAAUUUUAGUAAGCCCAACCAUCCUUUUACACUACACUUGAACGAAUCACCAAGACCUGAACAACACAUGAAAGAAAACUGA